AUGAGCGGGCAGGCCUUUAUUGUCGUUGACCCAGUGUCCACGGGAGGCGUCGUGGCCGUCGAAGCCAUGCAGCGGGGCUACUCCGUGAUCAUCGCGUGGAGUGAGGAGUGCUCGGAGGACAUGCGGGCGCACGUGCCCGACGUCUGCAAGGGCAUCAAGUAUCACGCCGAAGUGGAGGAGAAGUCGACCAUCCCCCAAACAGCCGCGGCGGUCAAAGCGGCGGCCGGCGGGAUGCCGAUUGCGGCGUGCAUCGUCGGCGCCGAGACAGGAGUCACCUUGGCCGACAAGCUGAGUCUCGAGCUCGGAAGCGUCCAGCAGCGGGCCGUCAAGGCGACGGGCCUCCGCGCGGUGCGGGAGGCGCUCGGCACGACUUGGACCGAGGUGAAGGACUUUGUCGCGACCGAGUCUAUGCCGGUGGUGGUCAAGCCGGUCGAGAGCGCUGGCUCCGACGGCGUCAAGCUCUGCCACACGGUGGAGGAGGCCAAGGCCCACUUCACGCUCCUCAUGGAGUCGCAGCGCAAGCGGCCGACGAACGGCUCCGCCUUCGUCUACUACGGCAUGAUCCCUGUGGAGUCGAGCUCGGAGGUGGCGCAGGUGCUGAUCAAGUACACGCUCGGCGUGCUCAAGGCGCUCAAGCUCGACAACGGGCCGACGCACGGUGAGGUGAUGAUGACGGCGGAUGGGCCGUGCAUGGUCGAGAUGAACUGCCGUUCGCACGGGUGGGACGGCUCGUGGGUGCCGCUCGAGAAGCUGCUGACGGGAGGGUACUCGCAACCCGACGUCGCCGUCAGCUCGCACGUCGACGGGCCUGCGUUCGACAAGAUUCCGGCCGUCUACCCAAAGUUCAAGGCCGCGGGUCAGACGGCUCGAAUCUUCACCCCUCCUUGGUGGCGCGAAGGGUUGAAUGGCGUCUCUAAACGCCUGCACAUCAUGCUCGCUUCCUUCGUCGCGCUGCAGACGCCCAUCGGCGUCGGAUCAAAGGCGCGGCUCACCGUCGGCCUGUUCUGUACCGCCGUGGAGCUCACCGUCGACCUCUUCACCGCCGUCGGCGUGCUCAUCCUCGCCAACCCGGACGCGAAGCAGCUCGAGGCGGAUUUGGCGACGGUGCGGAAGAUGGAGAAGGAGGGCCUUUUCACGUUCGACGAGGAGAUCGACCCCGUGCAGGCCGAUGAUAUGGUCGAUAUGCUCCCCGGCCGCCGCCUCACCGAGUACAGCGACGCCAGCCGUCUCUCCGGUCGGAUCUCUGGGGCGGGCGCCUACAAGGCGUCCGCGGGGGGGCCGCCCACGAACGAGACGCUCUUCGCCGUCGCCGGCGCCGCGUUUGCCGCCGGCGCGCUCAUUGGCCUGCUCGCGGCCAAGGCAGUGAAGUGA